CUGGUCGCCAUUUUGGAGGGGAUACACAUAUCACUAGUGAUAUGUGUGCGGGGAUACACAUAUCACGGGGAUACACAUAUCACUGUGACAGCGACCAUAUGUCAAUCGUGGAAUCUGUGUGCCCGCAGUCAUACCAGCGGCUAUCCCCAUCAUCGAAUGUUCACUGGGUGUCACACACACAACAAAACAACACAGGCAAGUGUCUCGGCUGUUAAAUUUUUUUGUUGUUUUUGUCCGCCACCCCUAUUGUACUUCUCUGCCUUCAAAAACAAGCCAACGAUUCAUCUAGGCCUUGAAGUUCCCAGCCUCUCUAAAGACCUCCUCGACGAGAGAACAUUUCUUGGAGUUCUGCGAAUGUGCAGUUAUCAUGGCUGAAGUUGAUGAUCCCAUCUGUGAUAUGGAAUAUCAAAGUUCUUCUUUUAAAUCAGAUGACAUACCAGUGGUUGUCUCUGAAGAUGAGUUUUAUAAGGUUGAUAUGAAGCCAAUUGAGACAGCAGGAGUCAAGAAAAAGUAUUCAAAGGGACCCAAAAGACCCCAGCAGAAGAAAGAGUUGUACACAAAACUUGAUGAAAUCCUGUUUGCAGCACUUCGCCAAGAGUUUGAAGUCUCCCCAGGGUGCACCAUUGAUCGACUCGACAUGGUCAAAUUCCUGACCAGUGUGGUACAUCAACAUUUAAGUGACUGUCCAGAUCUUGACAAGCUUUUGAACCUUCGUGACACUGUUCUAACAGGACGUGUCAAGAAGGUCUUUCCAGAGGUGGAAUAUAAGAGAAAGCAGAUCAAGCAGGACCACUAUAGAAAAGCUUGGCUUUAUGUCAACAUUAGAAGAAAACCUUCCAGAAUCACUCAUCAUGGAGAAGUAAAAAUAGUAACCGUGAGCAGCACAAGGACUUGGACUCCACCCGUCGCACCAGGAAGUGCACCAGUGAGCCAUGCAUCGUCGUCACCAUCAUCACCAGCUAGUGACGAUCAGCUGCCUAGUCCACAUGCUUACACCACUACCACAUUUGAACACUGUAGCACCAAAGCAGACAGUGCAGGAGCAAUUCAGUACCAUGAGUCUGAGCAGAAUAGCAGUGGCUCUGAUGCGGUACCGUCCUUUAGUUCUCAGUUUAGCAUCGGGUGCGUAGCAAGUGAGCGAACUGGUGUGGUGUUUGAUAACUCGACUUUACAAAAGUGGGUCGUCACCAACUAUGUUCAAGACAACGUGUCGUACGUUCCUGUGCAAGAUGUGGUUAAAGCAUUUAAGAGAGACUUUGGCGUAGACAUCUCUUAUAAAGAAUGUCAUCAAAUGAUUCUGUCCGCUUACACCACUCCUAAAAAUCGUUUGAUUCCUAAGAAGAACGUACGGGUCUCGUCCAUUGGUCAACAGUAUGUUUAUAGAGGGAUCGCUGCGAUAGACAAACCUGCGUGUACCUCAGUGGAAGCUCAGGGUGUCGACGAAUCUGAGUGUGCACAAUCCAACUACCAAUCAGAAGACUGCCAAGGAGAAUCAGAGGAGAACUGGAAACAAAGGGUCAGAGAAAUAACCACUGAACGUGACCAAGCGCUGAACGAAAGAAACCAGGCCCUGGCGGCCUUAAUGGAACUAGAAAAAGAACACGCCGAGGCACUGGGGACGAUAGAGAGAUUGAAAAAGGAAAGUUCGUGUAGCAGAUACGUUGAAAACUCGCCUAAAACAUUUAAAGAAGUUAAUAAUAUUAAUAGCAUGGUCCGAGAGACGACCGCGAACCAUCGCGAAGGAUCCUCGUUUGGUAGCUUGCUGCGAUUUGGCGACGCAAAGCGCGAUUUACUUUCCCAGAUUGAUAAAAACCCGGAUCGUCUUCAAGACCCGUGCGAUUUUUCGUUCUUGAAGGAGGUUGUCACGCAAGCGAAGGACGAGCGUGACAAUUUACUCAGAAGGUUGGAUGUUGUUAAAACUGAAAGGAAUUCGUAUUUGGAGCGGCUGCAUUCCUUUGAAAAAGAAAACCAGCGACUCAGGGAUGCUGUUAGCGUCAGAGACUCAGAUCAGUCACGCAAUCGAUUGUUAGAUGACAUUUCAAUGCAUUUUCAGGCCAACUGUCACAGUGAGCAUGAUACAAAGGAAGCGCUGAGUUCUGUGCUGGCUCACUUGAAGUCCAAAAGGAAACAAGUCGCCCCAUCUCGUUUAAACAAAUCACCCAAAUUUGACCAUGCCAAUGCUAAUGAACAGAACAGCUUCGAAGAUCAAAAACCUCUCCCGGGCGACUGCCAAUCGCCUGCAGGAGCAGUGGACAGCGGAAUUCCGUCCCCUGAGAACUCGGGCGUUUCGAAUGGUGAUCUUGUCAGCGAGAAGGAGAGUUUACUUAAUGGCGAUAUUGACAAGCUAAGUAGACACACAAGCAGCGAGGAACCGGGAAGUAAACAAGAUUUACUUGUUUUUACAUCCGGGAGCGGGAUGAUUGGCUUUACGCGACAUCCGCUUGAAGACUAAUUGUAAUCCUGCGACCUCCUUCCCAGGUUUCUUGGCAGAAAGAUGAAGGACUCCGGGAAGGUCUUUUCUCCUUGACUUGCACUAAUGCCUUUACAUUAGUAGGGAACUUAUAUUUCCAGGGGCCCGUUUCUCGAAGGUCCCGAAAAGUUUUUGUACCCGAAAAGCCGUCGAAAAAUCUCAAAC